AUGCAGGCGCUGUGUCUGGUCUCCUGCAGGUAUAACGUGGGUUGCACGAAGCGUGUCGGUCUCUUCCAUCCCGACCGGCACAAGGUGCAGAAGCCGGAGAAGCACAGCCGGAGGAGACCAGGGAAAGGCGGUGUGACCGACCUCGGUACUGACUGCAUAAAGCAGGUGUCGGGAUCCGUCACUCCCUCCAGUCCCACCCCUCUGUCCGUCUCCUCCACCCUCAAGCACACCAACAGCCAAGAGGACUCCAGCCGCUGCUCUGACAACUCCAGCUACGAGGAGCCAUUGUCUCCACUGUCUGCAAGCUCCUCCCUCUCCCGCCAACGCCGACGAGACAUGGAAAUGACGAGUCUCCACCCACACCUCAACCACCACUUCCUGCCCAGCGACCCCACCAAGUGGAACGUGGAGGACGUGUACGAGUUCAUCCGCUCCUUGCCAGGCUGCCAGGAAAUCUCGGAGGAGUUCCGGUCUCAGGAGAUCGAUGGCCAAGCUCUGCUUCUUCUGAAGGAGGACCACCUGAUGAGCGCUAUGAACAUUAAACUGGGUCCGGCCCUGAAGAUCUACGCCCGCAUCAGUAUGCUGAAAGACUCCUGA